CUCAUUGACAACUUCUGUACACGACAUAACGCAUAUAUUCGGUCCAUCUCAAGGCGAACGCCAUUCAGUCCACCAUUCUCUACGCCUGGAGUUGUGAACAGGACAGCUUCGUCAAUUGAUAUAGCAAUCCCGACGUCACUCGAUACAAUACCCGAUUAUUUACAGGUUGCGGUGGACGGUCUCCUACGACAUCUAGAAAGAAGUGUCAUGCUGCAAGUGCGGGAUAUCCCUCGGCAUACACCAUCGCCUGGCGACGCGCGGGUAGCCGUGCUCUUCAGUGGGGGUAUUGAUUCGACGGUCCUUGCAUACUUUGCGCAUCAGCAUUUACCUCUAUCUGAACCAGUGGAUCUUCUAAACGUCGCCUUCGAGAACCCGCGUAGAGAACGGGCUCGUUCUGCGAAGACAAACAAACCAGACAGAAAAUCUAACCAGGUCGAUGAAGAUGUUCUGCUGCCAGCUGCGAAUGGAGGUGGAGCAUACAUGGUCCCUGAUAGGGUGACAGGCCUUACAGAGGUUGAAGAAUUGAAGCGUGUUUGCCCUGGUCGUACGUGGAACUUUGUCGAAAUCAACGUUCCGUUCGAGGAAACGCAAGCCGCUCGCUCAGUCGUGGAGGCUUUGAUGUGGCCUAGUCGCACUGUUAUGGACCUGAGCCUUGCAAAUGCCUUAUACUUUGCUUCGCGUGGGGUAGGCGUGGUUGACGGUCGUCCUUACACCAGUCCUGCGAAGGUGCUCCUUAACGGCUUCGGAUCCGACGAGCUUAUGGGCGGUUACGGGCGGCAUCGGAGCGUCUUCAACUCCGGCGGAUGGCCGGCCCUCAUUGCAGAGCUUCAGCUCGAGAUUGACCGAAUUCCGACUCGGAACGUGGGCCGGGACGACCGCGUCAUCUCGGCACAUGGCAAGGAGACACGUCAUCCGUUUUUGUCCCUAUCGCUGGUAUCCUACCUCGCGGGCCUACCGGUGCACCUGAAGACGGAUCUACGGGCACCCCCGGGUAUCGGGGAUAAGAUGCUGCUGAGGCUGGCGGCGCGAAAACUGAACCUGGUAGAGGUGAGCACGAGGAAGAAGAAGGCGAUGCAGUUCGGGACGCAUUCGGCUCGUAUGGAAGGUGGUGCCACAGAGAAGAAGGGGACGUUACUUGUAGGGUAGAAUACGCAACUCAAAUGCCGCACAGCCGCAAACA